GGUCGGUAAGACCAUAAGAGAUGUCUUUGAAUGUCGUUAACCGGAUUAUAUCACAAUUGACAAGCCAUGGAACAUUUAACCAGGUUUUCAGAGGAAUCCAAGCUGUUUCAGUAACAGAUAAUUGCCUGACGUGUAGGUUCAAAGUUACGAAUUCUGAAGCCAAUUCACUGAACACUUUACAUGGUGGAUACAUCCUUGGGGCUAUCGACUUUAUAACUUCUGUCGAUUUGAUGAGAUUAGGGUGUAUGAAGCACGUCAGCGUUAAUCUUGAAGCAUCAUUUAUAAACCCGGGAAAAUUGGAUUCAUGGAUUAGGUCAGAUUCAUAUGUACUAAAGAAAGGGAAGCGUAUGGCCUUCUGUGAAAUCAAAUUCGUGAACGAACAGUCAGGAGAACUAGUUGCACGUGGAACUCACACGAAAUACAUAAUAGACGAGAUAAACCUAUCUCCUAAGAAGUAGUAUUGUUAACCUCUCGUUUCUUCGAUCCUUCUUUUGCUUUAUGAUAUGUCACGGUUUGUUAGAAUAAAUAAGUUGGAUGUUUGCUUUUUCAGUCGAACUUUUAUAUAGCUGAUUGGUUGUACACUUAUAAGUCAAGUUGUUAUCAUUCAUAAUACGUCAAAGCUUAUCUUUUGCUGUUAAACUCAGCAUCUACAUUUUACUCAUAAAAGGGAAUUUAUAUUAACCAUUCUCAUAAUAAGCACCACACAUAUUUCAAUUUUAUAAAAGUGUUGAUAUAUACGUAUUUUUACGCAUCCACCCAGAG